AUGACAACUGCCCGCCAGAGCCGGAUCAACCCAACGACCGCCACCAAGCUGCACCCCCCCACAGCAGACACCCUCAUCGACGAAAUCCAAGACGCCUACGAAAUCGCCAAAGACGAAUUCGAGAUUGCCACGGAAAGCACCGACGGCGGCACCAUCUACGCGGCUUCUGACCGCGACUCCGCCCGUGAUGCAUUGAACGAUCUGUGCGCGAUCUACUACCGGUACGCCGCGAAGCCCGGCGAAGAAGACACGGGCAUCAUGCUGCGCUCAGGCAAGUAUGUAUCUGGUAGCGAGAUGGGCGAGGAGGUGCCGGGCGUGGAUGCGGUCACGGCAUUUAAGACGGAGGAUGUGCCGCAAGAAGUGAAGGAUGAGGUGCGACGGCGGGUUGGGCAGAGGAUUCGGGAGUUGCGGAAUGCGGUGGAGUUACUGGAGGAGAGGGCGACUGAGGAGUGA